CUCUCGACGUCCGCUGGCCUUCUCGUUUUUCCCGCCAUGUCGUUUGUAGAGAGCGGGCGGCGCUCGGCUCCUCUGCGGCGACGCUUCGGCACCCCUGUUCCGUUUGCCCGGCCGGCGUUUUCCGCCUUCUCUCAGGGGGACAGUUGGGGUGAAGGUGAAGGGGACGAGGAGGACGGAUGCAACCAAGUGGCCCGCGACCUGCGGGCGGAGUUUUCGGCCGGGGCGUUGUCGGAGCCUAGAAAGGGCUCGCUACUCCAGCGGGACCGGGACGGGUCGCCGGUUCUGCCCGAUAAGCGCAAUGGCAUUUUCUCAGCGGUUGCGGGCGGCCGAACCCAGGCUCGGCGGUGGCCUGUCCAGGUCCUCUCAAUUAUCUGUUCCCUGCUGUUCGCCAUCCUCCUCGCCUUCCUCCUCGCCAUCACCUACUUGAUCGUAAAAGAGUUACAUGCUGAGAAUUUGAAGACUGAAGACGUAGACACUGGGCUAUUAGGAUUCUGGACUCCACUUAUAAUAUCUCUAUCUGCCGGAUUUGCCUGUUGUAGCUUUUCUUGGACAGUCACUUAUUUUGACUCUUUCGAACCAGGAAUGUUUCCUCCCACUCCUCUUUCACCUGCCAGGUUCAAGAAACUGACUGGACAUUCUUUCCACAUGGGCUAUAGUAUGGCAAUUUUGAAUGGCAUUGUAGCUGCUCUUACUGUAGCGUGGUGCCUCAUGUAAACAUACACCGAAGCAAUAUUUUUGGCAAAACUUAGUCAUGAUUGCUUUGUAAUAACAGGGAAGAACAUCAUUUGCCUACUCAGAAGACCAAGAAACCUGCUGUUCAUUAUGGGGCUCAGAUAUGUGUCACAUCAUCGACAUUAUGGAGGACCAUCUUUUUUUUUCUUUUUUUCUUUUUAACAGAGGACCUUCAUAAACGUCAUUCUAGAGCUUAGGCAUUGAGAAUAUCUGAGUAUUAAGUUUCAAGUAAUUUCUUAAAAGUGUAAGAUGUUUACCUCAUCUUUUUACUUUUGUGUGUGUUGUCCUUAUAAAUUAUAGAUAACAUUUUAAUGGAGAUCAAACAUGAAAACUUGAAUACAGGGCAAUGCUUACCUUGCUAUCUAUAAUACUACAUUUUUGCUAAGAAAUACUAGUAGUACUGUUUAACUGAAAUAGAAAUACUUCUUAUUUAUUCAUUAUAUGAUGAAAGCAAACAAUGCCUACUACUUUACAUUUUAUAGAAGCUACUUUUAAAUCAGAAUAUUUAGUUUUCAGUAGUCAUAUAAUCAGUAGAAGGGUGCAUUUAUAUUUUUUAAUGGGGUAUAGUUCCUUAUGUGUUGGUUUUUUUUUUACAUAUUUUCCUACUACAUAUUGAAUUUGUAUGUUUUUAAAAUUGUUACAUCUAGACAAAUGUAAAUGUUAUUUUUUAGUUGAUGCAAACCUAAUACCUACCAUUUUAAAUAAAUAAUUUGUCUUUUAAAAAAGAAAAAAAUCCCCACCCAAAACUACACUGAUCUGAGUUUAAAAUUAAAUAAACCUAUUUUAGCAAAAAAACUACUAAAAAAAAGUAAGUUACUUAAGCCAUUAAAUAUUAAGAAAUUUGAAAUUGUUCACUACUUGUUUCCACAGUUGCAAUAUUUGUCUUGGUGUAUAUAUAGCUACUCCAACAGAACUGAUAUUAUUUUGUUUUUAAUAAAUAUAAAUCUGAAAUUUUUAUACUUAGAAAUGCUUGAACUACUUUGUUUUCAAUCUCAAAAUUUUUGUUACCAAAAUAGAAAAAAAGUAUUUUGAUAUAGUGUAUUUAUGUAUAAUUUUUAUAUAUAGUUUCAUAAUUUUUUUAUUUAAAUGUUCUAUAAUUGUGGUGUUUUUGUUUUCAUAACAAUUAAGCCUAAUUGUUUCCACUUCCUUUCUAAAUACCUGUUUAGAAGGUUGCUUCAGUUUUAGAAAGAUAGACUAUUUAAAAUGCUAUUUUCUCUAGCCAUAGAACAACUUAUCUUAGGAAAGCAUUGUGUAGCAAAACUACUUUAUUCAGGCUGAAUGGGAAAUGAAUAUGUGUGGUAUGUUUCUGUUAUCUGCUAAGUGUUGUUACUGAGUAAAUGAUUUGUAUUUCUAAAAGUCUUAACACUUCUUUUACUACUCAAAAACCUUUCUUUGGAAAUAACAAAUUGUGCUUCAAUUUAA